AUGGCAUCAGUGCUGCGAGGGACACCUUCCCAUCUGAGAGAACUGGACAUGGGUGACAAUGACCUGCAGGAUGAGGGAAUUAAUUUGCUCUGUGUGGGACUAAGAGAUCCACAAUGCAAGCUGGAGACACUGAGACUUAAAGGCUGUAAACUCACACAUGAGUCCUGUAAGGUUGUGUCCUCAUUUCUGAAGUCAACAAACUACCUGCUAGAACUGGACCUGGGCAACAAUGUCCUGAGAGAUUCUGGAGUUCAGCUGCUUUCUAAGGGACUGUCUAGUCCUCACUGUAAACUGCAGACAUUAAGACUUGCUGACUGUAAGCUAACAGAGGUAUCCUAUCAGGCUGUAGCCUCUGCUCUGCAGUCAUUGGUCUCCCUGACAGAACUGGACCUCACAAACAAUGAUCUGAAGGAGUCUGGAGUUAAGCUUCUCUCUGCAGGACUAAGUAGCUCUCACUGCAAACUAAAAACAUUAAGGCUAAAUCAGUGUCGACUCUCUAAAGAAAGCUGUAAAAUGAUGGCAUCAGUGCUGCGAGGGACACCUUCCCAUCUGAGAGAACUGGACAUGAGUGACAAUGACCUGCAGGAUGAGGGAAUUAAUUUGCUCUGUGUGGGACUAAGAGAUCCACAAUGCAAGCUGGAGACACUGAGGCUGAGUGUCAUCAUGAGCAUCAUGCUCUCUGAUAACCAUAUCUCAGAUGACGGUUAUGUUUGUCUGGCACUCACUCUGAUGGCAAACCCUUCCUGUGUGAAAGAGCUGGAUAUGAGCAACAAUAAUCCUGGAAAAUCAGCAAAGAACCUGUUAUUUGCUACACUGAAGGAUCCUCACUUUAAAAUUGAAAAACUUCGGCUAAAUCAGUGUCGACUCUCUAAAGAAAGCUGUAAAAUGAUGGCAUCAGUGCUGCGAGGGACACCUUCCCAUCUGAGAGAACUGGACAUGGGUGACAAUGACCUGCAGGAUGAGGGAGUUAAUUUGCUCUGUGUGGGACUAAGAGAUCCACAAUGCAAGCUGGAGACACUGAGGCUAAAUCAGUGUCGACUCUCUAAAGAAAGCUGUAAAAUGAUGGCAUCAGUGCUGCGAGGGACACCUUCCCAUCUGAGAGAACUGGACAUGGGUGACAAUGACCUGCAGGAUGAGGGAGUUAAUUUGCUCUUUGUGGGACUAAGAGAUCCACAAUGCAAGCUGGAGACACUGAGACUUAAAGGCUGUAAACUCACACAUCAGUCCUGUAAGGUUGGGUCCUCAUUUCUGAAGUCAACAAACUACCUGCUAGAGCUGGAUCUGAGCCACAAUGUCCUGAGAGUCAUUGAUCACUCAACAAACUACCUGCUAGAGCUGGACCUGAGCCACAAUGUCCUGAGAGUCAUUGAUCACGCUGAGUGA